AUGACGUGCAGUGGCAAGUGUCUGCUCCUGGCUGCUUUGACAGCGUUGCUGUUGCUCCAGAUCAGUAGUAGGUCAGAAGCAAGCAGCUUUGACUGUUGUCUCCGAUACACACAACACGUCAUUCAUCCCAAAUUUAUCGUAGGCUUCACGCAGCAACUGGCCAAUGAAGCUUGCGACAUCGACGCUGUCAUCUUUCACACGAAGAAACAAUUGGCUGUGUGUGCAAAUCCCAAGAAGCUGUGGGUGAAGCAAGCCGUGCACAUCCUGAGCCCAGGGCGACCCGCCGGCGGCUGCACAAUGCACUCCCCGCCCAGCCCCAGGCUGCUCGCACUCCGCACUCCGCGCCCUGGGCACGCGCGGCACCCGCGCAUGCGCGUCCGUGUUCCGCCGCUGUUUGGCCGUUUCCAUGGCUACGAAGCGGCCAGGCUAGGGGUCCUGGAGCGACAAAAUGAAGCUGAAGAGCCUUCUACUUCGUUAUUACCCACCAGGUACACAAUCCCCUCCGCCUCCAUGUCGGGCCCUGGAUGCUACGUCUGGGAACAUCUGGGCGAGGAGCGUGCGGGGACCCAGGAGUUCGACGGGGACCCCGAAUGGGAUUCCACCACCCUGGUCCGAGGUUCCACCACCGUGGUCCAAGGUUCUAUCCCAGACAUCGUUGCCUGUUUCUGA